AUGGCUUCAUUUUUCUUCAUCAUUUUUUUCUUCACUUCACUUCUCACAUUUUCCACUUCACAAACCACCACCCAACCACCCCCACCCCCACCACAAUCCCUUCUCAACGCAGUCGAAACACUCUCAAACACAGGCCACAUUUCAAUGUCACUAACACUCUCACUUAUCACUGACACAAUCCUCUCACGCACCACUACAAACUCACUCACUAUCUUCACACCACCCGAUACUUCUUUUUCUAACUUCGGUCAACCUUCACUUUCACAUAUCCUUCUUCACUUCACUCCCAUUUCACUUUCAUUGUCUUCUUUACAAUCUCUACCCUUUUCUUCCAAAAUCCCUUCACUUUCACCCUCUAAUUCCCUUUAUAUUACCACUUUGCCAUCCAAUACCAACCAAAUCUCAAUCAACAGCGUUAACAUCAUCACUCCCCCUAUUUACGAUGAUGGGUUUGUCGUCAUUUUCGCUAUUGAUGAUUUCUUUAAACAGAAUUUCACCCGACCCGAAAACCCGAAUUUGAAACCCGGUCAUCAUUCUCAAUGUACCACGUUAGAUUCAUUUUCUCGGUUUUAUGAAGUGUCAUUGCAUUUAAAGUCAAAAGGGUAUCUGAUUAUGUCAUCUUUUUUGGAGUUACAGUUAAUCGGGUUUUUUUCGAACCGGGUCGGGUUGAAGUUAACGGUUUUCGCUCCGGUUGACGAUGCGAUUAUCGGGUUUUCGGGUGAUUUUCCGGAGUAUCAGUUGAUUUUUUUGAGACAUUUGGUACCAUGUGUGUUGUAUUGGAGUGAUUUAAUUGAUAUGGAAAAUGGAACUAAUAAUGAGUUUAAGACUUAUGUUAAUGGGUUUAAUUUGGAGAUAAGGAAGGUUAAUGAUGUGAGUUUUGUUAAUGGAGUUGAGAUUAGUUAUCCGGAUUUGUAUUAUAAUGAUUGGUUAGUUGUGCAUGGGUUACAAAGUAUGAUACCUUUACCUGAUGAAAUUGAUGAUGAAAUGGAUGAUGAUAAUAAUAUUGAUAAACCUGAGAGAACGGUCGAUGUUUCUAUUGCACCUGAUCGUAGUGAAUUCUGAGGUUAGAUUGAUGUUGGAAUUUACAUUGCUGUGCCAUUUGGAUACUGGAGGUUGGUGGUUCUGGGGAAAGUUUGUUUCAUGGUUUUAGAGUUUUAAGUGAUUGAAUUGUAGAUUUCUUGACUUUGAGGAGUAUAAAAUAGUUUGAAUAGAAUUGAGAGGUAUCUUCAAUGUAAAUGUUGAUCUUGCGAAUGUUCAUUUUCUGCAAUGCUAUACAUUUCUGGUUC